UAAAAAAGCGCACACAACCAAAUAUUUGUUUUUAUACACCGCAACCUAACCAAGUUAAUAGCACAAAAAAUGUUGCAGAUUGUUAAUUCCUUAAAGAUUAUUCCCAAAAAGCAUUGUAAUAUGCCACUUUUACAUAGAUCAUUAACGUCUUAUGAUAUACGUAAUCACUUUCUGGACUACAUCAUCAAAACAAGCGAUCCCGCAAUCACUGGAUCUAACUUCCGAAAAGUAUUUGAUAGGAAAAAAUCAGCUUGUAGCGAAUCUGUUAAUUUGGAGCGACAUGCAGCCAGUAAGCCGACCGACAUGAGAAAAUCUGUAACUAGUAGUCAUUAUUCUAGUAUUAUGCUAAUGCGUCGAAACUGGUCACUUGGUGAUUAUUUUGAGAAAGGAAUACUUGGAUUAGCUGUUAAUCUGUUCAAGGGCCAAUGCCAAAACACUUCUUCCCGCUUGUAUGGGACGUAUUUCGCGGAUGGAAAUGAACCUCUAAGAGAUUUCAUCGACAUUGAAAUGAAAAAUGUACUUGAAAACAGUCCCAAGGAUACGCAUCCAUUUAUCGUACAUUUUUUAACAUGUGCCACUCUACUGAAAUCGGUCAAACUUCAAAAGGCCACCCGGCUCUGCACCGAUCGACCAAUACUGGUUUUAAGUUCGACAGACAAUCAAAUCAAGGCCCGUUGUUGUGUACCUCGAAAUUUCGUAACCGAUAAGUUUUCAGCACAUUUAUGGUUGAGUACGGUUGCAAAGGCUUUCCAAACCGAAAUCUGUUCGUCACCGAACGAGCUAAAUAUUGAUGAAGUCUGCCAUAUAAAGCCAAAAGAGUUAACUUCCGUUGUAUUUGAUGAACUAAUUGAAACGGCUAUACUUGAAGCAGAAAAGUUUGCCGUAGUUAAUAUGUGAUACAUUCGUUCUUUGAGUUCGAAAAGUUUAUGAAUUCGGUAUUAAGUCGAGAGUAUUUUUUAUCAUCGAAAAAAGGAGAAAAUAAAAUUUGUUUAUUUUCUCAA